AUGCUGAUCCUCUUCUUCAGCUGGUGCUAUUGUUCCUAUGUGCUUGGCUGCUGGCGUCUCAACAUCGCCUUGAGCUGGUUCUGGUGGCGCCACUUGGAUGCUGGCCUCCAUGCGGUCAUGCACGGGGACUUCCGCACCCGCCACGACAUCCAAGCAGGCCUCUUCUGGAUCUACAGCUUGCUUUCGCAUCGGGCCAUGGAGUACUACUAUGGCGCUCGCGAGCUCAAGGGCAACGGAAUGAGCAAACACUGGUGGCAUCACAUCUAUCCCAACGAUCCAGGACGUGAUCCCGACUGGAGCACCAUGACAGGAGUGGCUUGGGUCCGGCGGCAUACGAGCGCCCAAUGGCAUCCUUGCCACCAGUGGCAGUGCUGGUACUGGCUGCCAGUCUCCAUGUUCUUGGAACCCCUUUUUGAACUCAUUCAGGUAGCCUGUGCACUGCUUGAGGCCGUGGCCUCCUUGUUGGAGCCGCCCAUGAACGGCCCCUACGUCUCGCGCUGGGCACAUGUGCUCGGCUUCCUUUGCGAGGUCCUCUUCAACCCGGGCUUUCAACUCGUCGCCUUUGGGGUGCAACCCUUUUGGAAGGCGUUGGGCGUGCUACUCUUGGCCCGCGCGACCAGCCGCUUGCUGCUGUACCCCUUCUCUGAGGUGCAGCACUACAUGCCAGAGCACAUCCUCAACCGCGAGGCCGCAGACGACUCCGCCGAGUGGGUGAUCGGACAGCUCCUCUGCACGGCGAACUUGGAGUUUCGGAACCGCUGGGCUUGGCUGAUGGACUUCCUGAUGUUCCAUGGGGACAGUCACCAGAUUGAGCACCAUUUGUGGCCUGCUAUGAGCUUCGUGCAGUACACAAAGGCCUCACAGGUGGUGAGGGCCACCUGUGCUCGCCUGCGGCUGCCAUACUACACAGUUGGCUACUUCGAGGGCUACCAGAAGAUUUGUGAACAGGUGAAGGAACACCGAAAACCGCCGCCCAGGCCGAAGCGGCCACGGUCCCCCGGUGAGGAGCCGUCGCCUUCAGAGUCCUCGUCCACUCGCACUCGCCGCAGAACGCGCGGUUCGUGA